AUGGCCUCCAAAGUCAAGGCUGGCUCGUCUGACCCUGCAAAACCAGAGCACGGCGAUGUCUCAAAUGGAGAGAUAGAAAUCAGUGAACACAUUAUCUUUGAGCGAAAGAUAGCAUUGAUCAAUGGUGAGAUUGACAAGCUGGGAUUUGGCAAGUACCAACUCUGCAUCUGGAUGUUGUGCGGAAUGGGGUACUUCAUCGACUUGGCCUUGGUGCAGGGCGUUGCUCUGAUGGCCACUGCUGUAUUCCAGGAAAUGAAUGUCCCGUCGGAGAAACAGGGCUUGAUCUACACCUGCUCAAACGCAGGCCUCGCCGUUGGAGCGUUUGGAUUCGGUAUAAUCACAGACAUCAUCGGGCGUAAAUGGGCAUUCCAGCUGACAUGUCUCAUCACCGCGGUAUUCGCCAUGCUCAUGGCCGCAAGCAAACAAAACUACGGCGCGAUCUGCGCAAUCUACUUUCUGUCCUGUGUUGGCCUAGGGGGGAAUGUCCCCAUUGAUGCCACAAUUGCACUUGAGUUUCUGCCCAAGAACCGUCGCUAUCUGGUCGCGUUGCUGAAUAUAUGGCAGCCGAUUGGCGUAGUCAUUGCGUGCGCCAUCGCGUAUGGCACCGUCGCAAAGUACCGAUGUGCCGUGGAUCUACCUGCGUGCGCGUUUGUCGACGAGGGCGAGGCCUGCUGCACAAUGUCAAGCAAUAUGGGAUGGCGAUACUUGGUGAUUAUCAUUGGAGCCAUGGCUCUUUUCAUCUUCUCCGCGCGAUAUCUCCUCUUCAGCUUCUACGAGUCGCCCAAGUUCCUUGUCAGCCAGGGCCGGGACCAAAAUGCCAUCGACGUCCUGCGCAAGAUUGCCAAAUUCAACAAGGCUGAGGCGCCCACAUUGACGAUCGAAGACCUGCGCCAGGUUGAAGUCGCGCCGGGCCUGAGAGAGCAGCCACAACAGGAACAGACUGGCUCCGCUCGUUCACCGACCAACAUUGUCACGGACAUGAUCAGGAGGCUGGGCUUCCUGCGCGGUCUCUUCCUCAGCAAGCUUCAAUUGUUCAGCUUUGUUCUCCUCAGCCUUGCUUAUAUGGGCAACUACUGGUCCUUCACCUUGGCCGGGUACUUCCUCCCGAUUGUGCUGCUCAACAACAAUGUCGACAGCGGCGCCCACGAUGUCACCGAAACAUACCGCCAGUACGUCUACAUCUACCUGCCCGGUGUGCUAGGAGCUGUUGCGGCCCUGUUCUCUAUUCAAGUCCCCCUGCUUGGCCGAAAGUGGUCGCUCGUCAUCUCAGCGGCCCUGCAAGGUCUGUCGAUGGCCAUGUACACCCAAGUCAAGAAUACCGCAGGUUACGUCGGCCUGAAUGCUCUCGAGUAUAUAAUGCAAAGCUAUUUCAAUGCCGUGUUGUACUCGGCCGCGCCUGAGAUGUUUGACACGACGUAUCGUGCGAGCGCAAGCGGCCUUCUCUCCUGCUUUGGCCGAAUUGCUGGAAUUGUCGCCCCGAUUGCUGGGCAGAAAUACAUAUCUGAGGGCGCGGCGGGCGUUCUUUGGCUUGGUGCUGGUGGCAUCUGGCUCGCUGCGUUUUUGCUGUGCUUCCUCCCUAUUGAGAUGAGGAAUAAGCAGAUGAACUAA